ACCACUUUGUGAAAUAUGAACAGAUCAAGUCCGUUUAUCAUACUGAAAGAGACUGAAGUACGGAAGUCGAAGGAGCCUGAAGAAGUAACCAUGGCAGCUGCUGAGGGAAACAAGUUGUGGGGUGGUAGAUUUGUAGGGAAAACUGAUCCUAUCAUGGAGAAGUUUAAUGCAUCAAUAUCAUAUGAUCAGCGGAUGUGGGAUGCAGACAUCAAGGGCAGUAAAGCCUAUGUGAAGGCACUACACAAAGCCAAUCUGGUCACGCAGGAGGAAAUGGUGCAGAUUCAGGACGGCCUUGAUCGGGUUUUGGGUGAAUGGUCCAGUGGUACGUUCCAGAUCAAGCCAGGAGAUGAGGAUAUUCACACAGCCAAUGAACGUAGACUAAAGGAACUGAUUGGAGAGGCAGCUGGAAAGCUUCAUACUGGCAGGAGCAGGAAUGAUCAAGUUGUGACAGAUAUGAGGCUGUGGUUACGGGAUGCUAUUACCACUCUGAAGGGAAACACCAUCCAACUUAUAACUACCAUGGUGGAAAGGGCAGCCGUAGAAAUCAACAUUCUUUUUCCUGGAUAUACACACAUGCAGAGAGCGCAGCCAAUCAGGUGGAGCCACUGGAUUCUCAGUCAUUCAGUGGCACUGAGCAGAGACGUGGAACAACUGGAGGAAAUCAGGAAGCGGGUCAACAUUCUGCCUUUGGGAAGUGGAGCCAUAGCUGGGAACCCCUUCAAUAUUGAUAGGGAACUUCUUCGAAAAGAACUCGACUUUGACGGGAUCAGCAUCAACAGUAUGGAUGCAACCGGACAGAGAGAUUUUGUCGCUGAGUUCCUUUUCUGGGGAUCGAUGUGUGUCAUGCACCUCAGUAAGCUGGCAGAGGAUUUGAUGCUGUACAGCACUAAAGAGUUCUCCUUUGUCACGCUAUCUGAUGCAUACAGCACUGGGAGCAGUCUGAUGCCACAGAAGAAAAAUGCUGACAGCCUGGAGCUCAUCCGCAGCAAAGCAGGACGAGUUUUCGGCAGAUGUGCAGGGUUUAUGAUGGUACUAAAGGGCCUCCCCAGCACAUACAACAAAGAUCUACAGGAGGAUAAAGAGGCCAUGUUUGACACUUAUGAUUCAUUGCAUGCUGUACUGCAGGUGGCUACAGGUGUCAUGUCUACACUGCAGGUAAAUCAGAAAGUCAUGAAGGCAGCGCUCAGUCCAGACAUGCUGGCUACUGAUCUGGCCUAUUACCUUGUCAGGAAAGGAAUGCCUUUUAGAGAAGCUCAUAGCUGCUCAGGAAAAGCUGUCUAUCAAGCUGAGUCUAAAGGUGUCCCACUGAACCAGCUUACUGUGGAAGACCUCCAUACUGCCAGUCCUUUGUUUGACAGUGACGUGUCCACCGUGUGGGACUACACAAGCAGUGUGGAGCAAUACAGCGCGCCUGGAGGCACCGCACAGAGUAGCGUUACUGCCCAGAUAAAACACAUGAGAGCCUGGCUGAAAGUACACAACAAAUAACUACUCUUGCAACCAUAAUGUACACAGUCACAAACCUACAAUAACCAACGUUAGCAAAUUUUUUAUUGUAAGAUCAUUUAAAGGUAACAUCAAGUAUAACAUUCUACAGGCUUUGUCAAAAUCCUACAGUAUAUGUUUAUAAAUUGCUGCUGUAUAUGUUUAUAAAUUGCUGCUGUGACUUUCAGGAUUAUGUUACCUGUAAAUAUUAUUAUUCUUAUUAUAGAUAAACAAAGAAACAAAGUAAAUAUUCGGAGUAGUUUUGGAGUUUGAAUGUUUGACAGUGUUUUUAGAUUGAUUAUAUAUAUAUUAACCUGUUACAUUUAAUGUUGCCAUUUGUGGUUCAAGCACUGUUGAUGUCAACACAGUGAAGUACAAAUAAUUGCCUCAACAAAUUGCAACCAUUAUGUUACAAAUGAGGAUAUCUUUAUUUUUCCCCCAAGAGCCUUACCCAAGAUAUGUUGCAUAAUGUCAUAUGUAAGUCAUGUUUAUAUGGCUUAAAGUUAUGGCUUCUCUUGCCAGCUCCUUUCUUUAUACAUUCAUUAUAAAUCCAAGCACUCUGAUACUUAUUAGCUAUAAUUCACUGGGGCUUUCUUUGUGGAAUUUUGGUGCAGGUUUUUAAUCAUAUUGCAAACAAAUUAAUAAACAGUUGAAAUAUA